CGCUCGAUGGGCACUGAGGUCCUUCGAUUGUAUGGAUUUAGAUGCAACAAUCUCUCGAGUGCAAUCUUCAAUGGCGCACAUUAUUUUAGCUUGAUCUUAAAUUUACUGCUUUUUUCGGCUUAGCUACCAAUAUACCAAUAGAAUUUUAUGAAAUUGAUUAACAUUAAUUUAUUUACAAAUGAAUUAGGUAACAAUUUUCGCUUUUGUUUUAAAAUACCACGAGAUUAACGGGGUCAAUGCCAAGGCCGAAGAGACAACUUAAACGGGCGGCUGCCCGUGAUACUCAAGACCCAGGACAAGCACGCAGGCCAGGCCGGCGCAGGGCUCAACGCCAACAGACCAACAAUAACGAACAAGAUGUCCAGGCUCAACUGGCACCCCCUCAGCCCCAGGCAGUCCAACUACCCCAGGCAGCCCCACAGCAUCAGGCGGCUCUGUUACAACAGGCAGCCCCACCACAGCAAGCCCAGGAUCAGGUGGGUAAUGUGCUUUUUAAUCCCCCUGUAGCAACAUUACAGGAAACCACCACUCUAAUGCCUGGCCUCAUUUCGCCUGUCAAUUCUAGUCUCACAUCUACAUGUACAGAUACAGGGAUAACUUCCAUUAUCACCUCAACCCAUCAGCCUACUCCUGAACCAAUCAACUCUAUUACAGUUCCCACUGGGUAUCAUGUAAACCAACCAAUUAAGCAAAAAAUCAUCAAGGGCGAAUUUGUCAAUCUGGGAACAUUAUUGGUAAGGGACCCCACUAAUGCCCAUGCAACAUCUACUCUCACAAUUGAUGCGCAGGGUAACAUCAUAUCACAACCAAAACCCACAACCAGAAUAACAUCUAUCGAAAAAUGGACAGAUGCAUUUCUCAUUUAUUUUAGCAUUUACACUGCAGUGCACCCACUUAGAUCGCAACAGCUUAUUAAAUAUAUGCAUGACGUUCGCUUAGGGACACAGAAUUCUAAUGGGUGGGUUUCGUACAAUGAACAAUUUAGGCUUAGGAUUGCACACAACCCGUCACAGAACUGGGGAAUCAUAGAUAAUGAGCUUUGGUUAUUAUACAUGACUGCCAAUUCAAAUAAAUCUUCUAGUACCCAACACCACAAGUGCUUCGAUUACAAUCUCAAAGCAAACUGUUACAAGCCCCAUUGUCCAUACAUACACCGGUGUCUUAAAUGCAAUGGCACCCAUCCAUCUAUGUUGUGCAACAGUGCUAACCCACCCCCGAGUCAUGCAAAAAAUUCCUUUCGGGCAUCCACUCCAGUCCGCAACAACUCUUAUGCCACAUUCAGGUAUCAAACACCAGCACACCAAACACGCACCAACCAACAUUGGGCGGGAAACCCUCGUCAACCCCAGAGACAUUUGGGUCCUAGGGUAUUCUCCCAUAAUCAUUAGCGCAAUUAGCAAUUA